AUGGCGGAGGUCAAGACCGACGGCGCGCAGGGUCUUGACCUGUUGGCCCUGCGCAAAGACAUCCUGUCCAGCUCAACCAAGCGCCGCAUCGCCAAGCUGCGGCUGGUGGAGCAGCAGCUGCUCGACCACUCCAUCGCUCCAGCCGACGCCAAGGGCUUCCUGCUCAUCCUGUUCGACACCUACCCCCUCUACAUUGACCGCCCCUCGCGUCAAGCCGUGCACCAGUGCCUCCGCGCUGCCGCCGCGAGCCCAAUCGCCGAGGAAUUGGUCGGUGGCAUUGCCAAAUUCCUCCACGCCGAGUCCGCCAAAUCCAGCGUCGCUGCCGCCAAUGUCUUCAGCCUCGUUGAAUGGUGCUCCAUACUGCUGCAGGAGUUCGGCGCGAACGACGCCUUGUGGAACAAGUAUGGCCUCCACGUCGUGGCCGCAGACGCCCUCUUGCUGGAGGCCUGCCUGGGCUCCCAUGGUCGCGACGGCCUGAAGCACUCGGCGCUGGUCGUCACUCGCCGUGCGCUUCGCCGUGUCUUCAAGAACGAGUCCAUUGGCAAGGAUGCCAUCCAGUCGUCCGUGGCAGCACUGGCCGCCAAGGCCAGCACCCCCACCGCACGCAACGCUGUUUUCCUGGGCGUUGUCGCUGGUGUCUGCUCAAGGAUAGACGCUGCCAAGCCGGUGCUGGAAGAGAAGAAAAAAGAUUACUACGCAUACUAUGUGCGGGAAAUUAUUGGCUCAAAGACGGUGCUGCCCAAGCACAUUGCGAAUGGCUUGUAUGACUUCUUCAGCGUCUUCACCACCCUGGAGGAUUUACAGAAGGAAAUUAUUCCGCCGGCUGAGAGAGCACUGCUGAGGGCACCAGAAGUUGUUCUCAACGGGCUUCUGGCCCCCAUGCUGCAAUCCCUCCCGCAGGGCCUGGAUCUCUCCGAGGUGCUCCAGAAGAACCUGCUCAAGCCUCUCCUCUCGAGCGUCAAGUCCACGAAUGCCACCAUCAGGGCCGGCGCCCUAUCCACAUUCGAGGCAGCCGCCGCUCGCUCCGCCGACGAUCAGGUUCUGGACAAGAUUGCCGACGAGGUUCUGAACCCCCUGAAGCAAGGAAAGGUGACGGUGGCAGAGCAGAAGACCAUUCACGCACAGAUGCUCAUCGCAUUGAAGAGCUCCGAGGCCCUCGCUAAGAAGAUCCCCGCUGGUCUUGGCCCUGUAGCUAUCAAGGAACCCAACGAGGUGGCUGUUGGCGCCGAGACUCGUGCUAUCUCCAAGCACCUAGCUUUUGCUCUUACUACUGGCGGCUCAGCAGAGUCCGCUGUCACCGAUUCGUUUGUCAAGGGUCUCGGUGACAAGCGAUUGCCAGUGCGAAGGCUCUGGGCGCUGCGUAUCGGGGAGCUGCUCUGGACACUUGAGGAGGAGCAGGCCAAGCAGGCAGGUGUUAUUUCUUUUGUCCAGGCUGUCGUUCAGAAGCUUUUCGACUCGUGGCAAGAGGUAAUCAAGAACCCAAUUCCUGCUGUGCAAAGUGGUCUUGUCACAGUCGCCUACAUUGCCACUGCUUUUGGCCUUUCAAAGUGGAACAAGAUUGAAGACGAGAAGAUCAAGGCUGUGCUCACGAAGGCUUCCAUUGUCAAGAACGUCAUGAUGGCGGAGCCCAAGCCCUCGUUCUUGCUCAACCACAGGGUGUACUCCAAGCUUACUACAGAAGAAGACCUGGCUUGGGGUCUUCGCGCGCUGGCAUCUGUUACUGAUACAAUCACCGAAGGCAAGGAAGACCCGUCCAUUGAAGAGUCGUGGUCACAAGCCUUUUUGUACUUCACUUCAGCUGCCGGAAUUGCCCCCAGUGUGCGUCAAGAGGCGAUACGCUCACUCUCCAAGGCCUACGCUCGCUAUCCCGCCCGCAUUGCACACAUCGUCAUCAAUGGUCUCUGGCAGUGGCGCCGAAACGUGGAGUUGAACGAAAAGGACACCGCGGCCACCUCCUCCAGGACUGGCAACAAUGAGCUUUAUCUUGCCUUGCGCGCGAUUUGUCUUACACCUGAGGAGCAGAAGGCCCUCGAGGUUCCCAUCGACAACGCAACGCUGCGCUCGCAGCUGGUUAGUCUGCUCGUGCUAGCUCGGCCCCAGCUUCUGCCUCGGGUGUCUUGGAUCGAUACCUGUCUGAAGACUGGUGUUGAUCCUGGUGAGCUUGUCAAGGGCGAACUUGACAGCUGUGUCGAGACUAUCAUCAAUGCGACCAAGGGAACCUCUUCCAUCCAUACUCCUCUUGUGAGGCAAGGCGCUUACUCUGCCUGUGCAGACCUUGCCUUCGUCGCUCCCGAAGUCGCGAUCCCUCGGCUUGUGGAACAGAUCAAACAGGAUCUCGAUCCAAAGCAGCUCGAGAACAUUGGUCCCACUGAAGCAGCCAUAUUCCGCACUCCAGAGGGCACACCAUUCAUCGACGUACUUGCCAAGCAACAGGCUCGGGUUCCUUCCAAGGGUGAUGCAGACUACGACACAUGGAAGUGGGAGCAAGAGUUACGAGACCAGAUUGCCUCGAAGAAAGGUACACAGAAGAAGCUGACACCAGACGAGCACGCCAAGGUCAAGGCACAGGUAGAGAAAGAGUCCAAGAUCCGCCAAGAAGUCGCUGUCGUUGAAGCCUCUCUCCAACGUGGUGUCGGUACGAUCAAGGCGCUCGCAACCGGCCCCCCCACCGAGGCAAACUUGUGGCUUGGACCGGCCAUUGAUUCAAUUUUGCGAGCCAUGGAUGCUGGUGCCGGCCUUGUUAUUGCCGAUGCCGCUACUUCUGCGUACAUCGCUUGUGCAGAACGCAUAUCGCCCAGACUAGGCGUGCACAAGCCGUUCUUCGGCAUUGCUACUUUGCGGGCCAUGAACAUGGCAUUCCUCCCGGAUGGACUUGCUGACGAGCCCCUUGGCGACCUUGUCACCCGAUUGCUUUACCGCACGAGAUUCCUGAGCGAGCAGCGUCCACUUGACAGCAUCUCCCUCAUCUACAUUCUCCCCUUGGUUUUCCUGGUGCUCGAAAAUGGUGCCAUCGAUAGAGCAAAUGAUGAAGAAGCCGACGAGCAGAUCGUCCUUGCUCUGGAAUUCAUUUCUUUCCACACCAACUCAUGCUCCGAAAAAACACUUCCUCGCCGCAAGCUCUUCUCCACUCUCAUUUCGUCCAUGCAGAAGUUCACGCAGCACUUCAAGGUUCUCAAGGACUGUUUGAUGGACCUCUGCAGAGGAAUCGGGUCUGAUCUGAAUGCCGAGGAGACCUUGGCUGUCACGAAGGGUGCUAUUGUGCCACAGGUUUCUGUCAGGACUUCCGUCCUUCAGGCAAUCGACGAGGAGGUAGAUAUCAUUGAUAUUGACUUCUCGGAGGACAUCUGGCUUGCAUGCCAUGACGACGUGCAAGAGAACAUCGACCUUGCAAAAUCCAUCUGGGAAGCGAACGGCCUCGAGCUUCCUGAAGAUGCCGCCGUCAAAAUGCUUCCGUACCUUCAAGCUACCGACAAGCAGCUUCGUAGGGCUGCAGCACGUUCCCUCUCUGAAUGUGUCUCCAUCAAACCAGACGUCUUUGAAGGCACCAUCAAGCAACUUCAAAAUAUCUACAAGGAGAUGGCUAAGCCAAGGCUACCUGAACGUGACAGGUACGGCAUGCCGAUCAAGAAAGAUCUCACUGAUCCUUGGGAGGCGAGAAACGGUGUUGCCUUGGCAUUCCGCGAGCUUGCCAGCCAGUUCCGUGAGCAGGAUUUGGUGCCUUUUGUGUCCUUUAUGAUUCAAGAGGGCCCUCUUGGCGACAAGAGCGCCGGUGUUCGCGAUGAAAUGGUUGAGGCGGCGGUGGCCAUCAUUUCGCAGCGUGGGCAGCUGAAGGUGGAGGAACUCAUGGAACUCUUUGAGCGUGCCCUCGAGGCACCCGACCAAGGAAAUGAGGCCGCCGACCUGGUCAACGAGGCCAUCAUCAUCCUUUACGGAGCCCUCGCUCGCCAUCUUCCUUCUGGCGACGACCGUGUCCCCAAGGUUGUGCAGCGCCUUUUGCAGACGCUCAGCACCCCGUCCGAAACUGUCCAGUAUGCAGUUGCCGAAUGUCUCCCUCCGCUUGUACGGGCCUCGGACGACAAAGUCUCCGAUUAUGUCCAGCACGUCAUGGACGAGCUUCUUCAGUCAAAGAAGUAUGCAUCCCGUAGAGGUGCAGCAUAUGGUCUGGCUGGUAUUGUUCGUGGCAAGGGUCUCGUCCUUCUUCACGAGAAGCGUAUCUUGUCCACGCUCAGAGGCGCGGGCGAGAACAAGAAGGAUCAGAACGCAAGACAAGGAGCUUUCUUGGCCUACGAGCUACUUGCUCUCAUUCUCGGCCGUAUCUUCGAGCCCUACGUCAUCCAGACCGUGCCGCAACUCCUAGCAGGGUUUGGUGACACCAGCGCAGAUGUCCGCGAGGCAUGCCUGGACGCAGCCAAGACGUGUUUCGCUAAUCUGAGCUCGUAUGGCGUCAAGCAAAUCCUCCCCACUUUGCUUGAAGGGUUGGAUGAGCAACAAUGGCGUAGCAAGAAGGGCGCUUGCGACUCUUUGGGUGCCAUGGCCUACUUGGACCCGCAGCAACUUGCCAUCAGUCUUCCUGAAAUCAUCCCACCUCUGACUACCGUCCUCAACGAUUCCCACAAGGAGGUCAGAGCUUCGGCAAAGCGGUCUCUACAAAGAUUCGGAGAAGUCAUCAGCAAUCCCGAGAUCAAGAGUGUCGUGGACAUUCUCCUCAAGGCUCUCAGCGACCCCACUAGGCACACGGACGAGGCUCUCGAGUCCCUCAUCAAGGUCAAUUUCGUACACUAUCUCGACGCACCGUCGCUCGCACUUGUGGUCCGCAUUCUUGAGCGUGGUCUGGGCGACAGGUCUGCCACCAAGCGCAAGGCUUCCCAGAUCAUUGGCAGUCUGGCUCACCUGACGGAGCGGAAGGACCUCAUCUCUCAUCUGCCCAUCCUAGUCGCUGGUCUGCGCGAGGCUAUUGUCGACCCCGUCCCCACAACCCGCGCCACGGCCUCGAAGGCCCUUGGAUCUACUGUUGAGAAGCUCGGCGAGGAUGCCCUUCCUGACCUCAUCCCCAGCCUCAUGGCCACUCUUAAGUCUGACACGGGUGCUGGUGACCGGCUUGGAUCCGCACAAGCACUCAGUGAGGUCCUUGCUGGUCUCGGUACAAGCCGUCUCGAGGAAACUCUGCCGUCCAUCCUGCAGAACGUUACUAGCUCCAAGCCCUCUGUUCGCGAGGGCUUCAUGUCGCUGUUCAUCUUCCUGCCGGCAUGCUUCGGUAACAGUUUCUCGAACUAUCUCCAGAAGAUUAUUCCGCCGAUUCUUGGUGGUCUUGCCGACGAUGUUGAGUCAAUCCGUGAGACUGCUCUCCGUGCUGGUCGACUUCUCGUCAAGAACUUUGCCACGCGCGCCAUCGAUCUCCUGCUACCUGAGCUCGAGCGGGGUCUUGCGGACGACAGCUACCGCAUUCGUCUCAGCUCCGUCGAGCUUGUUGGAGACUUGCUCUUCAACCUCACGGGUAUCAGCAGCAAGACCGAGCAGGAUGAAGACGAAGAAAGCGCCAGGGAGGCAGGCCAAUCGCUACUCGAAGUGCUCGGCGAGGAGAGGCGCAACAGAGUCCUUUCUUCGCUCUACAUCUGCCGUUGCGACACUUCUGGCCUCGUCCGCACGGCGGCCAUUCAAGUGUGGAAGGCUCUGGUUGCCUCUCCUCGCACUCUUCGCGAGCUCAUCCCUACCCUCACCCAGCUCGUCAUCCGCCGCCUUGCGAGCUCCAACAUGGAGCAAAAGGUCAUUGCCAGCAACGCUCUUGGCGAGCUUAUUCGCAAGGCUGGCGAAGGAGUGCUUGCUACGCUCUUGCCUACGCUUGAGGAAGGUCUCCAGAGUUCCACCGACACCGACGCCAAGCAGGGUAUUUGCAUUGCCCUGCGCGAGCUCAUUGCGUCUGCCGCGCCCGAUGCUCUGGAGGAGUACGAGAAGACGCUCAUCUCGGUGGUGCGGACGGCAUUGGUCGAUUCUGACGACGACGUCCGUGAAGCUGCUGCCGAGGCAUUCGAUGCUCUGCAAAAGAUCCUUGGCAAGAAGGCAGUCGACCAGGUCCUUCCCUUCCUGCUCAACCUGCUCCGUUCGGACGAGAAUGCUCAGAACGCCUUGUCCGCUCUCCUUACCCUCCUUACCGAGCAGACGAGAAGCAACAUUAUCCUCCCGAACCUGCUGCCUACGCUCAUCGCCUCGCCUAUAUCUGCCUUCAAUGCUCGUGCUAUUGCUUCUCUUGCAGAAGUGGCCAGCUCGGCCAUGGCUCGCAAGCUGCCGCAAAUUCUCAAUGCGCUUAUGGACAACAUUGUCAGUACCAAGGACGAGGAAUUGCGGAAGGAGCUCGACACUUCUUUCGACACGGUCCUGGUGUCGGUCGACGAGUACGACGGUCUCACCACCGUCAUGAGCGUGAUGCUAGCGCUUGUUAAGCACGAUGACCACCACAGGCGUCGGGCGGCGGACCUUCACCUGGCCAAGUUCUUCCAGGCCGCCGAGGUCGACAUGUCCCGCUACUACCCCGAUCUCAUCCGGGCACUGCUCGUGUCCUUCGACGACAGCGAUGCAGAGGUCGUCAAGGCGGCUUGGACGGCGCUGAGCGCGCUGACGGGCCGGCUGCGCAAGGAGGAGAUGGAGUCAUUGGUCAUAUCCACUCGCCAGGUUCUACAGCAAGUCGGCGUGGCCGGCUCGAACCUGCCUGGUUUCAACGUGCCAAAGGGCAUCAACGCCAUCUUGCCGAUUUUCCUGCAAGGUCUCAUGAACGGUUCAGCCGACCAGCGGACCCAGGCAGCUCUUGCUAUUUCGGAUAUCAUCGAUCGCACGAGUGCCGAGUCUUUGCGCCCAUCUGUCACGCAAAUCACCGGUCCUCUGAUUCGUGUUGUUUCAGAGCGUUCGGUGGAGGUCAAGGCUGCCAUCCUUUACACGCUCAACAACUUGCUUGAGAAGAUUCCGACGUUCCUCAAGCCUUUCCUGCCGCAGCUGCAGAGGACUUUCGCAAAGUCCCUGGCCGACACGUCGAGCGAGAUCCUCCGGAUCCGUGCUGCCAAGGCGCUGGGAACACUCAUUACGCUGACGCCACGUAUCGAUCCUCUCAUUGCCGAGCUCGUCACUGGGUCGAAGACGGCGGACCACGGGGUCAGGACGGCAAUGCUCAAGGCGCUUUACGAGGUUGUCAGCAAGGCGGGCGGCAACAUGAGCGAGGCUUCGCGCAACUCGAUCCUCGGCCUGAUGGAUGCAGACAUUGACGAGGCGGACGAUGCCAUGUCGAUCCAGAACGCACGGCUGCUGGGAGCGCUCAUCAAGAACCUGCCUGCCGAGACGGCAGACAGUCUUAUCAAGAACCGGGUGCUCACGACUUCGUACAACAAGUCGUCGGUGCUGGCGAUCAACUCGAUCUUGCUCGACUCGCCCGAGACGCUCACCGAGAGCCGCGGCGAGGAGACGGUGGCGACCAUCGCAAGCGGAAUCACUCACGCCAACGCCAUGGUGGCGGACAACUGCGUGCUGGCAGCAGGCAAGUACCUGCUGACCGAGUCGAGCAACAAGUCGUUCGACUCGACCAAGCUCAUCUUCGAGUCGCUGGCGCAGGUGAUUCCGCCGGGCAACGCGGUCGACACGCGGCGGCUGUCGCUGGUCGUCAUCCGCACAGUCAGCAGGCACCACAACGACCUCGUGAGACCGCACCUCGCACUCCUGGCGCAGCCCGUCUUCGCGUGCGUCAGGGACAUGAUCAUCCCGGUGAAGCUGGCGGCCGAGGCGGCAUUCCUGGCCAUCUUCGACGUGGUGACGGAAGAGAGUGCCGUGUUUGAGAAAUACAUGGCCGGCCCUGGAGCGUCGCUGGGACCGGGACCGAAGCGGAGCAUGCAGGACUACUUCAAGCGCGUUGCGACGAGGCUGGCGGCGCAGGCGAGGGAGAGGAAGGAGGCCGAGGGCGGACAGGGCGGAUUGGGUCUGAGCAGCGAUGAGAUGGAGGACGAGCGUGAGGUGUGGUCGGUGGGCAGGGUGGAGCUGGGUGAAGGUGGAUUUGGAGACGAUUAA